UGGCAGGCUGUCAAGCCGAACAUACCGCAAUGCUGGUAGGGAUUGUCUUGACACUUCUCGCCAGCUUCAGGGUCCUCCCCUCGGUGAUGGCAGCCACUUGCGAUAUCACCUCCCAUUCCAUCACGCGUGUCAUCGGCUACUAUAACUCCGGGGCAGUCUCCAGACCGUGCUCAGUGAUGAUGCCAUACUUCUUCCCUCAAGGCAUCUAUUCACACAUUUACUUUGCCUCCGGCAACAUUCAUCCGGACACCUUUGAAGUCAUCCCUCUCGCUAACCGCGACAAGAGGCUCUACACGUAUCUGGAGGGGCUCCAUAAUCGCGACUUUGGCCAAGAGCUGUGGCUCUCUCUAGGAGGGUGGGCUUUUUCGGACAACGACGCCCCAACGGCCACAACCUUUUCCGACCUCGCUGCAGCCGACAUUACCCAACAGAAUGUGUUCUUUACAUCUUUGAUUCGCUUUAUGCACACGUUUCACUUUUCCGGUGUCGAUAUUGACUGGGAAUAUCCUGUUGCAGCUGAUCGCAAUGGACGGGCUGAAGACUAUACCAACUAUCCCAUUUUCCUGGCGAACCUGAAGGCGGUGCUAGAUGAUUACAAUUUCGGUCUCUCUAUCACAUUGCCACCGAGCGACCGAUACUUGCAGCAUUAUGACCUGGCUUCGAUCGAGCCCUCGGUCGAUUGGUUCAAUUUCAUGAGCUAUGAUCUGCACGGGACCUGGAACAUGGGCGAGGAAUGGAAUGGGGCCGUAAAUGCCCACACAAAUCUAACUGAGAUCAAGAACGCCUUCGAUCUGCUCUGGCGUAAGAAUAUUCCCCCUUUCAAAGUAAACAUGGGCAUGGCUUUCCAUGGCCGCACCUUCACCCUGGCCGAUCCCUCGUGUACCGAACCCGGCUGUACCUUUCUCUCCGGCGGGGAUGAAGGCGACUGCAGUUUGUCUGCAGGCACUCUUUUCAACAGUGAAAUCAACCGGAUGAUCCAUCAAGAUAAUCUUAACCCCACUCUGAACAGCGACGUGGCAGUCAAAACCAUUGUCUGGAACACGGACCAGUGGGUAGCAUAUGACGAUCAGGACACGUGGAAGAUCAAGGCGAAUUUUGCCAAGUCCCAGUGUUUGGGGGGUGUUUUUGUCCGCUCCGUCGAUGAAGAUGAUCGAAACCAUACCUUCUCCAAAGGACUGAUGGAGGCAUUGGGUAAUGAAUACAACUUGGAUAUCAAAACCGGCUUAACCAAGGUUGCGUUCAACGAGUUAUCUACGACCACGGGCAGCAGAAGUCAGUCCAGUCAUAAACAAUAUUGCCGCUUUGUCAACUGCGGCGCUUCCUGCCCUAACGGCUUCACGGAGGUUACCCGUGCCGAUCAACCGUCGCAGAUCAUGCAAGAUUCGACAUCUUGUCCUUUGGACUCGGAUCAGACACAAAAACUGUGUUGUCCGACCUCCAGCAAGGUACCAAUUUGUCAGUGGCGAGGUUUUGACGAUUCAGGUAAAUGUACUGGGGGCUGCAGUGGUGACGAGACCGAAUUAGGCACCAGCACGGAUGGUUGCCACUCUGGCUACCAGUCAGCCUGUUGUAGCAUCACCAAAUCCACAGAGCCCUGGUCUCAGUGUCAGUGGACCUCGUGCGAAAACGACGAAACCUGUCCGUCGGGCUACCACUUUGUGGCGGGCUCGCGCCAGGGAUGGGGGGGUCGCAAGUCAUGUAGUGGAAAGCAGCAGUACAACUACUGCUGUUCGGGAUCGGUGCCGGGUAUAUUCUCCAGAUGCGAAUGGACACACCCCAGUGGGGACUACUGCAGCGCCAGCUGUCCAUCCGACUCGAUCCGCGUUGCCGGGCAAUCAAUUUUUUCGUCUGGAACCGAUCAGACAGUGGAUACGCUCGGCUGCCUCCAUGGUAACGAGGCGUACUGUUGCUCGGGUGCGCAGCAGGUUUCGAGUCCAAAAUCCUCUCUCUCGUCUGUUAGCCAAGAGCAAUCGGCCGAGGAGUUCAGUGGCUAUCUUCAGAAAUUCCUGGCCAAUCCUGUAAUUCCCGAGGGCUGGGCUGGUCGGAUGGCUGAGGCGCUUUAAGUGUUGCUGGGAUGCUCUGCAUCAGUGUUUAGUGCGAAUAGAUGCCUCCUGACCCAGGGGCGUUCUCCCUACCAAAAACUCUAUGUGAGAUGCUUGAUAUAUUGGGU